GUCUCAUUGGCUGUGAAUCAGCUACACUGUCUAAGUGCAUGUCUUGGAAAAUCGAAAACUGAUUGCUAGGAAGAUGGUUAUAAUUGUUUUCUUGUGCACCAACUUAUUAUAUUACAUAACUCGACGGGAAAACGAUGAACGAAAAGUAAUACAACAAGAUAAAAGAUGGAUGUGUUGAAGGAGUGUAAGGACUCGUAGAGAAGCUUCGCAUUAACCUCCUCUACAACUGUUGUUCAAAACAACAAAUUAUAGUUGAAGUGGCCGACGUUGAAAUACCCAAUUUGAGAAAGAUUGAAAACGGUUGUAUGCCGUCUCUGAAAACUCUACUGUUGGCCGGUCUUGAGACGAAGUAACUCCAUAAGCGUACCCAAAACAGAAGUAAAAAGGCCUUGACUGCCUAAACUUGAUGCUGAGGAUCACACUUGAUGGAAGAUGGUUAUAAUUGUUAGACAUUUGUCUUCCCUAUUUACUCUCGAGCAGGGCCGGCUCAACACUGAUAGGGACCCUAGGGCAAAAAAAUUUUUUUAACUCUCUAAAAUUUAUAUAAAAAUAAUGUUUAAAAUAUUUUAAAAUUUAAUCAAUAAUAUUUUGUAUAUUUUGUAAUGAAAAUAAAACUAUAUACAUAUCAAAUAAUUUUGGGCCCUUUUCAAUUUUAUUUAUUAUAUUUACAAUUUUUUUUUAUAUAUAAAAAUAUAGAUCUAUAAAAAAUUGGGCCCCUUAUUUAUCAUUACACGGGGGACACGGGCUCGGACCCGGGGCGAUCGCACCGCUUGUCCCCCCUUGUAAGCCGGCCCUGCUCUCGAGUCUUGAGAGAGAGCUGCAUUUUUAUGUACUCUUUCUAUUCCUACAUAAACAAUAUCUAACAUGCCUCUAUGCUUAUCUCUUAAUGGUUUGAAGUUUGAACAAUUGUUUGUAUCUAGCGUCACUCUUACAGAUUCUUAUUUCUUGAGUGUUUUCCCAUUUCUAGAAAAAAAAAUGAAUCGUUGGAAAAAGUUUGAACGCUAGAAGUUUCUUUGAUCUGCGGUCUGCCUCAGUUGCUUCACUAAAUUAGGCUACCUGGUAAGAACUCAAGAAUCAAGAUUAUCCUCUAACUUGUGAUUUUUUUUCCACUGUUAAAAAAGGUUCAAAACGGUGCAACUAGCACGAGCUUUCUGGUGUGAUAUAUAUGUAAAAUCAUCUGUGAUGAAUCAAAAUGUCUUUUUAAUUGAAUACGAGACCAAGCUGAUAUGAUGAAGAGUCAUUGUUCCAAUAGUUUAUCACUGAAAUGUUAAGUUACCUGAGUGUUAUCUUGUUCGUAUAUAUUAAUCCGUACUUGAGUCGUUAUGGGCGCUUAGAUCACACUAAACCUUUUUUACAACAUUGACAUCUAAGCUGUGGACAUUUUAGCUUUAGUGUGGUCUUAAGCGCCUAUGUGAAUAAGACAUUAGUUAUGGAUGAGAUUGGUAUGUUCAUGUGGAUCUUAUGCUUCUAUAUAAAAGCAAAUUAGGAGAAAGUUCUAAUAUAAUAUUUAUUUCCUUACCUAAAGUUGUGAACUAUGUUAACCAAUAGCAUCACCUGUAUGCAACUAUGCAUGACUUAGAUAAGCUCCACAUCUCAUUCUAAUGAUAUGAACUUUCUUUCUGGGUCAAAAAUUUAAAGUUUUAAGAAUUGGCACAUAAAGGUUCCACUAAUAUGGUCAAAAAGGUGGUGGAUUGAUGGCUUUUCUUUGUUUUGCAAUUUCUAUUGAGCCACGAGAUGCAACACUCUUGUUUUACUCUAUAAUCAUAUUAACGUACAUGGAAACGUAAGGCUUAAGUUUAUGUCUCCACUCGAGCUUAAGUGGUAUGACGUAUUUCUCUAUGCUUUUAGAUCCUCCAGUAGUUGAAAACUUGAAACCAAUAGCAAACACUGAAGGAUUAUGAUUCGAAGUUUCACUCUGUUUUCCCCCUCUUCUUUUAGGUUUCUUGCGUCAUGGGCAUGAACAAAGGGAGUGAUAGGAAGUCAAAAUAUAUUUUGAUUUAAAUUUGAUGCUUUUGCUUCUGUCAUUACUCACUUAAUUAUUGUAAUCUUAAUUACAUAUAGAAAAGCAGCUUUUGCACAAGGACAUUCUCAAAAGCAUUCUCCCUUGGAGAGGCCAAAGGUUGCAUGUAUUACUUUCUUCUCUUCUAUGGGGUGGUUUGGAUUUAAGGACCACCUAUGCUGUUCAAGAUUCAAUUUGUGGAUACUUGUAUGGAGAUUACAUCUGCAGGUCAGCUCCUUUUUCCAAUAUUAUUAGUUAAAGUAUGUCAUAACUUUCUUACUCUUGCUUACGUGAGAGAAUCCUGAUUAUUAUUUCAUUCUUUAUUCAUUCUAAGCAUGUCAACUAGUUGCCUAAUUAUGUCAUUCUUAAUUGAUUCCUUCAGCAAAGGGAGAGGCACUAGCAAAAUUACAUUACUUAUGGAUAACACUAUAACUAUGAUAACAAAACAUUUAUUGUCAAGUUACGGAUUUCAGAGUUUUAUUAUUGUGUACUGUAAACUGAAAAUUUUCUUGGCUUACCAAAACAAAGCGUACAAGUUCUUAUAUAAGGCUUCUAUGUUUACGUACCAUAGUUAUAUAUUGCAUUUGUGCAUUUUUCAUGGUAAUGCAAAUGGAAACAAGUCUUGAUUUGAAUCUUUUAGUGGACUAAGUAAUGCGUGAUCAACCAUUGAGAAUAUAUAGUAAGAUGUUCCUUAUUGUAAAAGCUGAGUACUAAUACUGGAAUCAGUCUCACAAGAGAAGGAAUGGUUUUUCUUUUGUUUCAUUGUAUAAUAUAUAAUCGAAGGUAUCUUCGUACCGGAUCCUUUUAGUGAUCACAGAAUCUCCAUAAAACAUAUACUAAGACUUGCUUUGUUCAUGUCUGCAAUAAACCUCGAAAAGACGGGAUGGGUGGUUAAAGUUUAUCAUAGUACUAUACAGCACACAAGCUAGAAUUAUGCUCACAGUUCAUCAAUGGUAGUAGCUACAUAUUCUUUAUUAUAACACACGCACAGAAAUGAGAUGGCCUUUUUUCUAUUACAGGAAGCCCAGGAAGAUCUCACAAAUCUCUCCUACCCACUUUGGAAUAGGAACAGCUCACGCAUUCUAGCUUUUCUUCGUGUAAGCUAUAUGGUAAAGUUAGAGAGAACUAGGUUACAUUUGUUUAUAUAAUAAUAAACCCAUAUGCCUUAGAGUUAAGGAAAAGUCAGUGACCCUAGGUCAUUUGUUUACUAUGAAUAGAUAAAAGUGUCUUUUGUUGUUUAGAAAUGGGAUUAAGUACGUAAGCAUCUGAUUUAACAGAGAGACAGAAGAAAGAAAGGUGUUUAGUGGGGAAUCACUUGAUGUUGCUGACGACUUAAAUGAGCCUUAAACUCUGUCUUCACAAGCUGUUCCGUACAAGGUAACAUGGCUCAAUAGGGAAUUUAUUAAUCUAAAAUUUAAGAUUCUUUUGUUCAAAAAAAACUAUUAAGAUUCUUAAGAAAAAUGCAGCAUAACGUUGGCUAGCCAAAAUUCUUUUUUUUUUUUUUUUUUUUUGAACGAGGCUAGCCAAAAUUCAAAAGGGCAAAGAUUGAUGUUAACUUAACCCAACAUUGACUUAGAAUUAGAGAAGAAAAAUAAGGUAUUCUUAUUUGUCUUUAUUUUCAUUUAAUUAAAAUCUUAGUCACUUGAUUUGAUGUGUUUAUUAUUUAAUGUAACAUAGUACAAAAAAUAAGAGCUAUUUAUUUUAAUGUUUUGGUCAUAAUAAGUGGGCAGAAAAUUAGGUUUUUCUUUCCUUGCAUUCAAAUAUACAGUAUAAUUCAUGUUUGUGUAAUAAUUUGGCACACUUUAUUUGUUUUCCUUCUUGUAUUAUGUCGUAGUUUUUGGAUACAAUGACAAUUUCAAUUUAUGACCAUUCCUUUCCAAAACUUUGCAAGGAGACACACUUGCGUGAUUAUUCCUUGAUUAGUGCCAAUAAUCAUUCUUUGGUUAAUGGUAUUCAUAUUUCAGAAUUAGUGGGCUGUUGUUAUCAUGCUGUUUAAACUGGGUCAAAGAGUUACCCGACAUAGGUUUUGACUCCCCCUCUCCCUGUGUGCCACACACACGACUCUUUGCUUUAAUUAAAUAAAAAAGAGAGACCUAUUAGAGAGGAAAAAAAAUUCUUAAUUUUUUAGCACUACUGGGGAAACCAAAUUUGGGAACUUUCAUAGCUUUUGUUGGAUUGUUUUAUUUUUUGGAAGGUUAGUAAAGAAAGAGCAAAACCUGUCUGUAACUUUUGCAUCGCGUGUCUCACUCUAAAUGGCCGAUUGGUUUUUCGUAUGCGUUUUAUUUUGUUUUUUUUCUUUCUCUCAUUUAAAUGGUAAGCUUUUUUUCUUAACGGCAAUUUAGAUGGUAAGUUUAUAUAUAGAUUUCACAGUUUACAGUUGGCUAUAUUAUUUUAAAUUUGAAACUAUCUGAUUUCUAAAUUAAGCAUAGUCAUUAAUUUUAUUUUUCACUAGGAACUUUCUUAUUCAAUUCUAAAAAAGUAUUUUCUUUUUUGUUGUUUGUUGUGUUUUCCAGUGAGUAGUCUAUUUCUGAGAUCACAUGACGGUCGGAACUUCCUUGGCUGCUGAAUCAUUCAGUUUUUAUUUUAGCCAAAUUAGUCAAAAACGAUGAUUAACAAAGUUUCCCUCAUAUACUAUGCUUUUCCAAAUUGCUCCUUUUGCUAUCAAUUAAAGUCAGAAUUUCUGUAAAAGGAUAACAUGUAGAAUUUGCACCUAAAAAGAGAAAGAUAACAUUGAGUUUUUCAAUUUUAACCAUGUGCACUAUACAAUGACUUUAUUUCCUUCACCUUUUGACACAUAUUCUUAUCUGCAUUGUGUGGCAUAAUUAAAUAAAAUAAAAUUUGCAUUAUACAAGUGGUGGUAUGGAAAAGCUAGUUACCCACCUCUCUAGUCUCUGCACAUUGCACAGUCACUCUCUUUCUCUUUUUUAUUUUUCUUUAUUAAUUAUUCACUUUUGGGACACUACAAAUUGGCCUCCUCUCCCUCUCAUUAUCCUUCAUUCUUAUUUCCAAACACCUCUCUACUUCUUUGUUUCACAUCUCACAAAUAACCUCUUUGAUUUCUUCUAUCCUCUUUAAGCAAAUGGGAACUGUUGUGUAUCAACAAGGGUUUCAGUCAUCUCAGCUUGAUGAGCCUAGGGCUUUAAGGCUUAGGCUAUCUUCCCCAAACCCUCACAUCUCUCAACCCUUUGGUUUAGCUCUCAAGUCUCAUUUAUUUGACUCCUUUAAUGCAGAGGACACUCGAACCUUUAAAGAUGACAAACCAGCUGCUUCUUCGGUUCCUGAAUCGAAUUGCUGGAGCUUUCUCCAGUCCUUGUCCUCUGGCUCUUCCUCAAAGACAACGAGCUCUGAAAAAGAGAAUACUUAUGUUCAACGUCCAUCUUCUUGUAGAACUCUAAGCGACGAGAGCUUAGCAUUGUGCACUGAAAAUCUCGGAAGCGAAACAGGCUCUGAUGUUACUGACGUUGAAGAUCUGUUCUUGCUUUCUUUAUCUGACGUGCAGACCAAGAAACUCGGGGAAACAAGAACGUUGAAGACUAGGAAAGAGAAUGUGAGCCCUAGUGAUCUCCCACCUCCGUUGACCAGUAUGAGAUGCAUUCAAAUGAGACCACACCGUGAAGAUGGAAGAUUGGUCAUGACUGCCACAAAGGCACCGCCUCGUAACAUGUGCUUUCAAGCUGACCGAAGCAACGGUCGUCUCCGACUCUCUAUAUUGAAAGACUCAGAUGAUGAAAUUGUAGAGGACGAAGAGGAGGCGACUAAGCAUGAAGAAACCGACGAGGAGGAGGAAGAAGAAGAAGAGGAUGUAUUAGAUGGUGAUGAAGUGAUGGAGACCGUUGAAAGAAUAAGAAGAUGUGUUGAAGGCGAUCGAGAAAACAGGGGAUUGCUAAAUUGGGAAUCUUUGUGCGUUGCUACUUCCUAAAAUAAGAAACUUCUAUUUGCUCUGUAUUCACAGUUUCACAAUUUUAUUUUAUUUUGAUGUAUUUUGUUUUUAUUUUUUAAUAGAAACAUCGCCGUUUCCUCA